CCACCACCACCGCCACCACCAUCACCACCAUCAUCACCACCAUCACCAUCACCACCACCACCAUCACCACCACCAUCACCACCACCAUCACCACCACCA